AACACUUAGGAAACGAGCCCGAAAUUGUGUUGGCGCUGGAACACAUUCCGAAAAAACGAUAGCCUACUCCCACUCGCCAAGGGGAUGCGAUUGAGCCAAUAUCAUUCUGGUGGGUAGCGCGAUGCUGCUCAAGGGUCCGCAUGCGGUGGUUGAAUAUUCCUAAUAGCGCUUCCUAGCCCUUUUAAGCUACAGUACUUAGCGAAAUUGGCUUUCCCCUUUGCGCAGUUGUAACAAGGAAUGCGCCACACUGCCAGCAGGAAUUACCAUAAAGUGCCCCACCUGGGUACCCCGCAGCAGCACCGGUAUCAUUUCACAACAACGACGACGACGACGGCUAGGAUAAGCGGGCCACUUUUGCGACUAGACCUAAGCGCGUUCGCUCUAUCUGUCAAUGCCGCAGUUAAGGCGGCUCUUCAAUCGUCGUACAUGGUCUCUCAGGGCACUUUUCAGUCUAACGCUGCGUCUGUCUCAGAGUUAGACGAUUCUAGCAUCUAUACACCUACCACGACUGCCGAAAACGUUACUUUGGACCUCAUGGAAGAUCACACCUCGCCAAGUUGGGUACCUUCACAUGGAUCUACCGUCAUCAUUCGCUCUAUCUCAUGCGGCAAUGUGCUUACAUUGCUUGAUGGGAACAUCGUACUAGCUCCACCUAGCGGUCGUGGGUCUAUCCUGUGGACGUGUAUAGAAACUGAAGGCUGGUUUGGAUUCCGAAACUGCGUCUCAGGCAAGUUUAUAUGCCAUGGUGGGGAUGCAAGACUCAAGUGCACGGCAGAGGAGCGUGAUGGUUGGAGACAAUUUACUAUUACUCCAGUACCGAAAGGGGGCUACGUUAUGCAAAUGCUGGACUGGUGGACUCUUCGUCCUAUAGUAAUCAACGCACAGAACGGGCUACAAAAGCUAGGGAGGACUGGAAACAAGCUGUCUGAAGGAAUUGUAUGGAGCUUUAUAGAGUGUAGGGCCGGUAAUGCUGACCUUUAAGACUUCUAAGUAAAAUAGUCUCCUUACAAUCGAACACAGUCGAUCGACUAAGUUACUAAAAUGUAAAGUAAACCAGCCGAGUACAGAGAGGUGAACAUAUAGAAGGCAUGACACGGG